GCGGAAUCCACAUUUUGUGGGUGGGAUUUAGCUACCGUCCAUCUUUAGUGUACUGUACAGCCAGAUUGACGAAAAGAAAACAAAAAUUGGAAGUAAAGAAGACUGGGGAAUUAGUUUUAGUUUUAAUUGAAAGAGACAAACGAAAAGCCCAAACCCUAGGUAAAUGUCUUAAACAAAUGUGAAUUUAGCUGGUUGACCCAGUUUCCCUAAUUUUCCUAAAUUACCAGCUAUCUAAACUGCUAGCUAGCUAGCUAGCAUUGUGAUUGCAGUAGCUAGCUAGAUAAAUUUGCUAGCAUUAAGACAAUUACCAACAUAACGUCAACUGUGUCCAAAAUAUAAUCGCAAUAUAUACAGUUCAUGCAUUGAAUAGCAAUUGCAUUGGAAUGAGAUGUCGAAACCAGCCAACCAGCAUGUGAAUUGGCUAUGUUAGCUAGCUAGUUGGCUAAUGUUGCUGACAUUUCCAGCGAGUCAGCUAUUGAACUGUUUUUACGAUUGAUGAAAAUAGUGAUGUACGCUAAAAUGAGCAGCAUGUUAAUUCUUUGCUAAGCCGAGGUGCAUUUCGCUGCAAGUGUUUGUAUUAUCUGUAGCUAGUUGAUGCUAGGAAGCUAGCUAGGGAUACAAUUUCAACCAGACAAUGCAAUAAAUGUCCAUUGUGUCUGUGUGCAUUGUUGUGUUUUUAGCUAAUCUGUUAUCUCCCUCUCACAAUGAAAGACGGUAUGAGGACAUUGUCGUAGUGAAGCCAUGGCUGACAAGAGAAAACUCCAAGGUAACUGUCCCAUAGAGCAAUAAUGCAUGUAAUGGACUGGACACUGACCUCUCACACUCUUUUGACUAUCAGUUAUUUCAAUUAUUGGAUUAAUCUUUCAGAGAUUCAAUGUAAUAUGUUAGUCCAGUAAAAUAGAUUGGCAUAUUUUUAUGAUGAUGUCUUUCUUUCCUCUCCCCAGGUGAAAUUGACAGAUGUUUGAAAAAGGUAGCUGAAGGCGUAGAACAGUUUGAAGACAUUUGGCAGAAGGUGAGGACUCCUUAACAACACUAUUCAGUGUGCAUGAAACAUAAUGAUUUGUUCUCCUAUCAAACAAACUGAUCUUUGUUACUUUGUUUCACAGCUUCACAAUGCAGCCAAUGCCAACCAAAAGGAAAAAUAUGAGGCAGACCUUAAAAAAGAGAUAAAAAAGUUACAGGUAAGACUAAUUGCUUACUAAUAGUAAGUAAAAUAUGAAGCUGUCUUAAUAUCCCAUGUUGUCUGCUCACACUGAAAAAAAGCUAUGAGUCUUUACUUAAGUUUUAAUUGUUGUUUUCUUGUCAUCUUCUCCUGCAGCGAUUGAGGGAUCAGAUAAAAACAUGGGUGGCAUCAAAUGAGAUCAAAGACAAAAGGCAGCUAGUGGAGAAUCGCAAGGUCAUAGAGACGGUAAUAAUCUCCAAAAAUAUUUAUUUGUUUAACACUGAUAGGAGAAAAGAGUGGAUAGGUCUCCACCAUAUUGUGUUUACCUUUCAACAAGGGCCGGGACGAUACCAGUAUUGCGAUACUUGUUAGUACCGUGUCUCCUGAGUGGCGCAGUGGUCUAAGGCACUGCAUCGCAGUGCUAACUGUGCCACUAGAGAUCCUGGUUCGAAUCCAGGCUCUGUCGCAGCCGGCCGCGACCGGGAGACUCAUGGGCGGCGCACAAUUGGCCCAGCGUCGUCCAGGGUAGGGGAGGGAAUGGCCGGCAGGGAUGUAGCUCAGUUGUUAGAGCAUGGCGUUUGCAACGCCAGGGUUGUGGGUUCGAUUCCCACGGGGGGCCAGUAUUUAAAAAAAAUAAUGUAUUCACUAACUGUAAGUCGCUCUGGAUAAGAGCGUCUGCUAAAUGACUAAAAUGUAAAUGUAAAUGUACCGUGGCAAGGAAACAAAACACGAAGCGGAUUUAACUUAUUUAGGAAGACAUCCCUAAUUUUGGAAGCAAAUAUUAUUAUGUUCACUGUGACAUUUAUUUAUUUUACAAGCUAUAGCACACAAUGUUCUACAUACAGCAGGGUUUUAAAGGACCGUAGCCAUUGAACUGCUAAAUAGUUAAUUAUAUGGUUAUACAGACUAUCUACAUUGACCCUAUCUCAAACCGGUGUAGACUAACAGUGGAACGCUUACUUAGGGGCCCUUCCCAACAAUGCAGAGAGAAAUAAUAGAAAAAUAAUAACACAAGGAAUAAAUACACAAUGAGUAACAACUUGGCUAUAUGCACAGGGUAUCAGUACCGAGUCGAUGUGCAGGGGUACGAGGUAAUUGAGGUAGAUAUGUACAUAUACACUGAACAAAAAUAUAAACACAACAUGUAAAGUAUUGGUCCCGUGUUUCAUGAGCUGAAAAAAAAAAUCCCAGAAAUGUUCCAUAUGCACAAAAAGCUUAUUACUUUAAAAUGUUGUGCACAAAUGUGUUUAUAUUCGUGUUAGUGAGCAUUUCUCCUUUGCCAAGAUAAUCCAUCCACCUGACCGGUGUCGCAUAUCAAGAAGCUGAUUAAACAGCAUGAUCAUUACACAGGUGCACCUUGUGCUGGGGACAAUAAAAAAAGCCUGCUUUGAAAUGUGCAGUUUUGUCACACAACACAAUGCCACAAAUGUCUCAAGUUUUGAGGGAGCGUGCAAUUGGCAUGCUGACUGCAGGAAUGUCCACCAGAGCUGUUGCCAGAUAAUUUCAUGUUAAUUUCUCUACCAUAAGCUGCCUCCAAUGUCGUUUUAGAGAAUUUGGCAGUAUGUUCAACCGGUCUCACAACCACACACCACGUGUAACCACACCAGCCCAGGACAUCCACAUCCGGCUUCUUCACCUGUGGGAUCGUCUAAGGGGGAGUGGGGAGGGGUGUUGAGGAGUAUUUCUGUCAGUAAUAAAGCCCUUUUGUUGGGAAAAACUCAUUCUGAUUGGCUGGGCCUGGCAACCCAGUGGGUGGGCCUGGUUGCCAAAUAGGUGGGUCUGGUUGCCAAAUGGGCAGGCCUAUACCCUCCCAGGCCCACUCAUGGCUGCACCCCUGCCCAGUUGUGUGAAAUCCAUAGAAAUCAGUCAAUUUAUUUAUUUAAAUUGACUGAUUUCCUUGUAUGAACUGUAACUCAGUAAAAUCUUUGAAAUUGUUGCGUUUAUAUUUUUGUUCGGUAUAGGUAGGGAUAAGGUGACUAGGCAACAGGAUAGAUAAUAAACAGUAACAGCAGCGUAUGUGUUGAGUCAAAAGAGUUAGUCCAAAAAGGAUAAAUGCAGAUAGUCCAGGUAGCUAUUGGAUAACUAUUAUUAUCUUGCACUGACUCUAUGCACACUCACAAGACUAUAUAUACGCACUAUACACUGAGUGUACAAAACAUUAGGAACACCUUCCUAAUAUUGAGUUGCACCCCCUUUUGCCCUCAGAACAGCCUAAAUUCAUCGGGACAAGGUGACGAAAGCGUUCCACAGGGAUGCUGGCCCAUGUUGACUCCAAUGCUUCCCACAGUUGUGUCAAGUUGGCUGGAUGUCCUUUGGGUGGUGGAUCAUUCUUGAUACACACAGGAAACUUUUGAGCGUGAAAAACCUAGCAUCGUUGCAGUUCUUGACACAUUCAAACCGAUGCGCCUGGCACCUACUACCAUACCCGGUUCAAAGGCACUUAAGUAUUUUGUCUUGCCCAUUCACCCUCUGAAUGGCACACAUACACAAUCCCUCUCUCAAUUGUCUCAAGGCUUAAAAAUCCUUCUUUAACCUGUUUCAUCCCCUUCAUCGACACUGAUUUCAAGUGGAUUUAACAGGUGACAUCAAUAAGGGAUCAUAGCUUUCACCAGGAUUCACCUGGUCUGUCUGUCAUGGAAAGAGCAGGUGUUCCUAAUGUUUUGUACACUCAGUGUAUACUUACUCACACACACUACACUGACACUCACACAGCCCACACACAUUCACAUACACUACAUACGCACACACGCACAUAACACACACACGCACAUAACACACACGCAUACCAACACAACACACACUUUCACACUCAUCAUUUGCUGCUGCUACUCUGUUCUUUAUUCUUACUGUUAUCUGUUCUGAUGUCUAGUCACUUUGCCCUUUAUGUACACAUCUACCUCAUCUCUUUCACUGUACCCCUGCACAUUGAUCUGGUACUGGUACUCCCUUUAUAUACACAAAAGUAUGUGGACACCUCUUCAAAUGAGUGGAUUCGGCUAUUUCUGCUACACCCGUUGCUGACAGGUGUAUAAAAUCGAGCACACAGCCAUGCCAUCUCCAUAGACAAAUAUUGGCAGUAGGAUGGCCUUACUAAUGAGCUCAGUGACGUGGCAUCGUCAUAGGAUGACACCUUUCCAACAAGUCAGUUCGUCAAAUUUCUGCCCUGCUAGAGCUGCCCCAGUCAACUAUAAGUGCUGUUAUUGUGAAGUGGAAAUGUCCAGGAGCAACAAUGGCUCAGCCGCGAAGUUGGUAGGCCACACAAGCUCACAGAACGGGACCGCCAAGUGCUAAAGCGCGUAGCUUGUAAAAAUUGUCUGUCCGCGGUUGCAACAUUCACUUCCAAGUUCCAAACUGCCUCAGGAAGCAACGUCAGCACAAUAACUGUUCAUCGGGAGCUUCUUGAAAUGGGUUUCAAUGGCCGAGCAGCCGCACACAAGCCUAAGAUCACCAUGUGCAAUUCCAAGCAUCAGCUGGAGUGGUGUAAAGCUCGCCGCCAUUGGACUCUGGAGCAGUGGGAACGUGUUCUCUGUAGUGAUGAAUCACGCUUCACCAUCUGGCAGUCCGAAGGGACGUAUCUAGGUUUGGCGGAUGCCAGGAGAACGCUACCUGCCCCAAUGCAUAGUGCCAACUGUAAAGUUUGGUGGGGCUGUUUUGCAUGGUUUGGGCUAGGCCCCUUAGUUCCAGUGAAGGGAAAUCUUAACGCUACAGCAUAUGACAUUCUAGAUGAUUCUGUGCUUCCAACUUUUUGGCAGCAGUUUGGGGAAGGCCCUUUCCUGUUUCCGCAUGACAAUGCCCCCGUGCACAAAGCGAGGUCCAUACAGAAAUGGUCUGUCGAGAUCGGUGUGGAAGAACUUGACUGGCCUGCACAGAGCCCUGACCUCAACCCCAUCGAACACCUUUGGGAUGAAUUGGAACGCCGACUGCGGGCCUAAUCGCCCAACAUCAGUGCCCGACCUCACUAAUGCUCUUGUGGCUGAAUGGAAGCAAGUCCCCACAGCAAUGUUCCAACAUCUAGUGGAAAGCCUUCCCAGAAGAGUGGAAGCUGUUAUAGCAGCAAAAGGGGGACCAACUCCGUAUUAAUGGCCAUGAUUUUGGAAUGAGAUGUUCGAUGAGCAGGUGUACACAUACCUUUUGGCCAUGUAGUGUAGCUUAAUUCUUGUGUAUUUUAUUCCUCCUGUGUUAAUAUUUUUAUGAUUAUUUUUAAACUGCAUUGUUGGGAAGGGCUCGUAAGCAAGCAUUUUACGAAAAGUCUACACCCGUUGUAUUCGGCGCAUGUGACAAAUACAAUUUGAUUUGACCAAACAGUUUGGUCUGCUUAGUUUUUUUCAUUUUUGCCAUGGAAAAAGUAUUGCGACAUUGGUAUCGUCACAGCCCUACUUUCAACUCCUUUCAGUGCUCAUGGAGAGGGUAUUUCACUCUGUCUGACAUAACAUCUGACAUUCUCUCCUUAGCAAAUGGAGCGGUUUAAGGUGGUGGAGCGGGAGACAAAGACAAAGGCCUACUCUAAAGAAGGCCUGGGGCUCGCCCUGAAAGUGGACCCAGCUCAGAGGGAGAAAGAAGAGACGGGAAACUGGCUAACGGUAACAGCCUAGCCUCUGAGCCGUUGGUAUUUUGACUCAUGCAUAAUGGUAGUGUGUACCGAGCAAUGGGUCAGGGGUGGAUGGUUCCACACUGGGUCUGGCUUAUUUUAUGGGUGGUGAGGUCUGUUCUUCUUUUUCACCCACUCUGUCUAUUCUUCCCCCUCAGAAUACGAUAGACACUCUAAACAUGCAGGUUGACCAGUUUGAGAGUGAGGUGGAAUCCCUCUUCAUUCAAACCAGAAAGAAGAAAGGAGAAAAAGAGGUCCGUCUCCUUCCCUCUCAUUCCCUAUACAUGGAACUAUUGCUAUGUAGUCUAAUUAACCAAUAAGGCCCGGGGUGUGGUAUAUGGCCAAUAUACCACGGCUAAAGGCUGUUCUUAACCACGACGCAACGCGGAGUGCCUGGAUACAGCCCUUAGCCGUGGUAUAUUGGCCAUAUACCACAACCCCCGAGGUACCUUAUUGCUGUUAUAAACUGGUUACCAACGUAAUUAGAGCAGUACAAAUAAAUGUUUUGUCAAACCCGUGGUAUACGGUCUGAUAUACCACGGCUGUCAGCCAAUCAGCAUUCAGGGCUCAAACCACCCAGUUUAUAAUAAUGAAUCAGGUAUUGGGUUGGGAGAUGUUGCUCCUAGACUCUGAUCAAAGGUCAGUCUUGCAGUUCCCCCUAAAAGGAUUUGGGGAAGGCAAGUUGACCUGAGAUCUGUUUCUAAGAAUGACUUCUACCUGCAUUACAAAAGACACCCGAACAGUUUAUAACCACGUGUGCCUGUUUCUCUGGCUGUCUCGUAGAAACAGGAUCGCAUUGAGGAGCUAAAGAGGUUUAUAGAAAGGCAUAGGUACCACAUACGCAUGCUGGAGACCAUCCUACGCAUGCUAGACAACGACUCGGUGCAGGUGGACUCCAUCCAGAAGAUCAAGGACGACGUGGAGUACUACAUGGAGUCAUCACAGGACCCAGACUUUGAGGAGAACGAGUUCAUUUACGACGACCUGGAUCUGGAGGACAUCCGUGAGUCGCCCAUGGACAGCCAGGAGCUCGAUGACGAGUCCUGGGAUGAUCAUGAUGAUGAUGCUCAUGCUAUCAGCUGUGGGUCUGGAUGAAUGGUCCCUCAUGAACGUCUGUUGGGUCUGGGUGGAUGGAUGUCCUCUAAUCAACAUCUGUUAGCUCGGUUGGCUGUCGGUUUAGAAGACAGCCAGGACGAGCUUGAUCUGUGGUGUUUCUAUGAGUCUGGAUGAUGAUUGUAAAAAAUUAUUUACCAUAUAUUAGCGUUCCCCUGAAAAUCUUAUCAUUGAAAUAAACCAGUAGUCUUUUCUCUCUGAUUUAUUCCUUUCUCUCUUUUGUGCUCCCUCUUUCUCUCCCUCUCUAGCUGCAGCGCUGGUGGCCACCUCUCCGACGGGCAUGGGGAACAUAGAGGAUGAGAUGUUCCUCCACUCGAGCAGCACUCCCACCUCCACCACCUCCUCUUCCCCCAUCCCUCCAUCGCCGGCCACCUGCACUGCUGUAAGCACACCUGCCUUCACUGAUUGGUUGUUUGUAAAGAAAAUACAAUCACUUACUUGAUCAGUGUCAUAAAACAUGUACAUUGAUACUUACACAGGCCCUCUGUAGCUCAGUUGGUAGAGCAUGGCGUUUGCAACGCCAGGGUUGUGGGUUCGAUUCCCACGGGGGCCAGUAUGAAGUCACUCUGGAUAAGAGUGUCUGCUAAAAUGACUAUAAUGUAAAAAAAUGAUAUUUACUGUUUGUGCCUGAAUGUGUUCUGCAGGAGAACUCGGAGGACGAUAAGAGGAGAGGGCGGUCGACAGACAGUGAAGUUAGUCAGGUGAGACAGAGCUUGUAUAAUAUCAUAUGUUUAUAGCUCAACAGAGAACUAGAUCUCUUCAGAAAUGUAGUUUGACUGUUUCCAUGUUCUGUUUGUACUAAACUGAUGCUGUGUCAUUUUCAGUCUCCUGCGAAGAACGGCACUUCCUCCUUGUUGUUGUCCUUUUCCUCGUCCGCCAAUUCCGGGUCGUCCUCUUCUUCCUCCUCUCUUGUCUCUAUGGCCGCCGUUGUCGGAGGCAACCCUGUGGUUCCCACAAGCAACAGUCUAAUAGGAAGCUUCAGCAGCGCCGUGCAACAUCAGCCUCAACCUCCACAGCAACCAAUCCAGCAGCCACAGCAACAACCACAACAACUCCAAACAAAACCUUGCACCCCCAGCCCCCCCAGCCACCCCCUCCUCUCCGCCUCCCCCUCUCUCCCCACACCCACCACACCCAUCUCAGCCUCCCCAAACUCCCUGCCCCAGGUCUCGUCUGGGCAUAUCCUCACCUCCAGCCUAGGCCUUGGGUUGGGCCUGGGUAAAGUUGGCAUGACGGGGACCAGCAGUGCCAACUCAAUGUCUGGUCUGGGCCUGACUGGCAUGUCUGCCUCUCUGAACACCAUGGCAGGCCUGCUCUCUGGGUCCACCCAUGCCCCUUAUGCCCAGGCAGCCGCGUCGGGAGGCCUGGGUCUGAGUACCACCACCCAGUCCAGUGUCUCAGUGGAGAGCUCCUCCAUCCCCACCUCUUGCUCCAGUGGAGUGACCAUCAACGGGGCUGGGACAGGGCUGGGCCUGCUGGGGUCCAGCCCAGCACACGGCUCCCUGACUGGGGGGAUCCUGGGCCUGGUACCUGGGCAGAGUGUGAUCCCUGGGCCCCCUCAGAUCCCUCUCAGCCCAGUCGGUGCUGCCCCUGGAGGGGCAGUGGGGAUAAUGGGAGGAAAUGGAGGAAGCAUGGGGCAAAUCGGAGGAGGAGUUGGGUCGAAUGCAGCCCCUGCCAGACCGCCCAGUGGACUGAAGCAGAACGGAAGCACAAGUAUGUUCACUGUGUCUGCGUGGCUGUCUGGGUUUGUCUGUUUCUUUUUCUGGAUUUGGGAUUGAGCAUUAGUAGUGAUGUUUCCCCCCUCUUUCCCAUGGCCCAGGUUACAGUGCUGUGGUGGCAGAGAGCACAGCAGAGUCCGCCUUCAGCACACCCAGCCAAUCACAGAGCAGCCAGCCUUCCUCGUUGACCUCCUCAGCCAGUCAGCCGUAAGUGAUGUCAAAUUCAUCCAAGACCGCAAUCAUCUGUUCAGUUUUUUGGAUGAUAAAAAUGUCCAUAUCUCUCUCUCCCUCCCCCCCCCCCCCUCCCUCCCUCAGUAUGGACAACGGUCCCAGCCUCAUCAGCUCCAUCACCUUGCCCCCCAGCUCUCCGUCCCCCUCGUUUUCGGACAGUAUUCCCGGUGGUGGGAGUCUCCUCAACGGACCCCACUCCUACACACAGGCCUCUGAGGGCCUCAAGGUGAGGGGAGACAGAGUGGAAGGACAGACAGCCAGACAGGGGUGUGAGGCUGAGAGAUGAGCACUUUGUCCUGGUAUUGUUAAAUGGCCUCAUCUACAGUACAACAGAUGGAUGGAGAGUUGGCCAUUAACAGUAUGAGAAACAGUGUUUGGUGAACACUAGAACCUCCACGGCAGCCAUUCUGACCAAAUUGUGGUUGUCUUAAAUACAAAUACAACUUGGAAACAAACAAACUCACAAAAAUACUGAUUUUUAAAAAACUUUCUCAGCAUAAAGAAAAAGAAACUCACAAAACGUGCUGUACAUCACAAAACUCCCACACCACAUAACACCAAAUAUGUUUUUGUCAGCUAUUCAGGAGAUUUACAGUGAUGAAGCCUCUCCUAAAUGACUAUGUUUCUGUUAUUUCUUAGUUAAUGAACAUGUAUUGUAAUACCGUUAGAAUAACCUGUAGAGACUGCCCUCUGUCCCCAGCUUCCUACAGACCUCCGUCAGAUACUGAUGGAGACCAGAAUGUCAGCGCAGGCCCCAGAGCCGCCAGGGGCCAUGGCUACAGUCACAAACACACGAAAGAGAAAGCAGUGUCAGGUAGAGACCCACACACACGGAAAUAUACACAUUCAUACUCAACUUACACACACACACACUCCUAAAUACAUCCACAAAGCCACUAACAAAGGAAACAGAAAGUUGUGACACGUAGACACAGAUUUAAAUAAACACAAUCUCGAACUCUGACACAGACACGCAUACACACACAAAAUUGAAAGAAAUCUGAGGUAGUCAGAUAUCAGUGCUAGCCAAAAAUGUCUGUCAAAGGGAAAUAGACAUUGCCAAGUGACUGGAUUAGUUCCCCCACCAAACACCAAGAACGUACGAAAUAUAAGAUUGAAGGUGCUUAUAUUCGCUCUGGAUAAGAGCGUCUGCUAAAUGACUAAAAUGUAAAUGUAAAGAUUGUGUAUAGUGUUGAAUUAGCAAGGACUCCAUGGGAUCUUGGAUUGGCAGGUUUAUUUCAUCAGUGUUGGUGCAGUCACUGGCUGGCCGUGGGGGUUCUAGCUGAAGGCAUGAGUGUUUUGCUUCACACCAUACAGGGAAUGGAUGGUGGCAUGGUACCAAGCUUGUACUAGUAUCUCAUGGUGGAAGAACUGUUGAAUGGUGUAUUGGUUUUCAUAAAUUCACUGUUUUUAUCUUUGCCCCUUGCUCUUCCAAACUCCCUCACCCCACUCUCUCUGUCUGUUCCAUCCAUCUCUCUCCAUCUCUCUCUCUCAGGCCCCGGAGCCUCUGAGUUCUCUGAAGGCGAUGGCUGAGAGAGCAGCACUAGGAUCAGGUCUAGAUGGAGAGAUCCCCAACCUGCACCUCACAGACAGAGGUCAGAAUCAAUUCAAUUAACAAGUUCCAAAUCACAUCUUUAAGGCAAUACACAAAUAAACAUUCAUGCAAUUUGACAAAGCACAUGCCAGUUGCAGGUGACAUCAUUUCUAAUUAUCUGUCUGUGUUGAUGAUAUCCCCACCAGCUGUAACUCAACCAAUCCUCUCCUGUCACUCCUCAGACAUCUUCUCUGGUUCGUCGGCUGCCCCCGGCACGCCCGCGGCCCCCCAGCCCUCCCUGUCAGAGGUGAGCAUCCCCCCUUCCCUGGGGGUGUGUCCCCUGGGUCCCACUCCCCUCUCCAAGGACCAGGUGUACCAGCAGGCCAUGCAGGAGUCUGCCUGGACACACAUGCCGCACCCCUCAGACUCCGAGAGGAUCAGGUAACAGAACGCCGUCCGCCGGAAUAUUGGGCUGUAGACACUGGGUUUUCUCUGAGUAGAUAUUAACAUGCACAUCUGUGUUACUCUCUCCUGUAGGCAAUACCUGAUGAGGAACCCGUGCCCCACCCUGCCAUUCCAUCAUCAGAUGCCCCCCCAUCACUCAGACUCUAUAGAGUUCUACCAGAGACUGUCCACGGAGACACUCUUCUUCAUCUUCUACUACCUGGAGGUAACACACACACCAUCACCACCAUCCCCCAGCUGUCCACUCUUGCUUAGUCACUGUGGGGUCCAAUUGCUCACUCUCUCUCCUUCUCGCUCUCUCUCUCUCUCAGGGCACUAAAGCUCAGUACCUGUCAGCAAAGGCUCUGAAGAAGCAGUCGUGGAGGUUCCACACCAAGUACAUGAUGUGGUUCCAGAGGCACGAAGAACCCAAGACCAUCACUGAUGAGUUUGAACAGGUACAGUAGAACCUUUGUACCUCCUCUGAUGUUAGUGUUGGAAGCACCAUGGGUCUGUAUAGAACAAUGAGCCAAUGUUGAGCCAACAUGUACCUGAUGGAAGGUUCAACAAAUAACAAAUAAGGACUGAUUUUAAUACUGUCCUCCUCCCUCAGGGCACUUACAUCUACUUUGACUAUGAGAAGUGGGGCCAGAGAAAGAAGGAGGGGUUCACCUUUGAGUACAGGUACCUGGAAGACCGAGACCUGCAGUGACAGAGGAGCGGAGAAAGAGGGAGAAAAACGUGCUGCUGUUGACAUUCCGAGACUGAACUAACUCCAUGCUGUGGAUAGAGAUUGUGAUGUGUAGUAGAACCCUGCUCCUAAAAUGGAGGAUGGCGUCUGUAUAGGAUGCGUCUCAA